GCCUGUUUACACAGACUGCAAACCGCCUGGGGAAUAAUGCAGGAAAGGAAGUGAGCCGGCUCUCUGUCUGACUGCUCCAACUUCCUGCUCACACACACACACUCACAUUAACACACAGCAGAGAGAAAAAAGAGCAGAAAAUCAGGAUCUCAUUACAACAGUGAGGCGACUGACAGCAUGGACAAGCCAGGGACUGUGCCCCAGCCUUCCUAGACAAUUACUAGCCCAGGAGAGAGUGGUGCAGCACCAGUCUGGGUAUGGAGAGUGCAAUUACUCUGUGGCAGUUUCUGUUGCAAUUGCUUCUCGAUCAAAAACAUGAGCAUCUUAUCUGCUGGACAUCCAAUGAUGGGGAAUUCAAGCUACUUAAGGCUGAGGAGGUGGCUAAACUAUGGGGACUGCGGAAGAAUAAAACAAACAUGAACUACGACAAGCUGAGCCGUGCCCUAAGAUAUUAUUAUGACAAGAACAUUAUCAAAAAAGUUAUUGGUCAGAAGUUUGUCUAUAAGUUUGUGUCCUUUCCAGAAAUCUUAAAAAUGGACCCCCACUCUGUAGAGGUGAGCAGGGACAGUUUAUUGCUGCAGGACAGCGAUUGCAAGAUCCCCAGUGAUUUCCAUGAGAGGCACAAGCAAACCUUAUCAGCCCUAAAAAGUGCCAGCCGCAAUGAGUACAUCAACUCAGGAUUAUAUUCCUCCUUCACCAUAAAUUCAUUACAACACCAAACAGAUAACUACAAGGUUAUCAAAAGUGAAAGGACUCAGGAGGAAGAAGAGGAGCUUCAAGAAGAAGAUGACGAUGAAGACGACGACGACCACCAACCAGAAGCUAAAAGUCCUAUAGAAGAAGUCAGAACUGUUAUAAGAUUUGUUACAAACAAAAUGGACAAAGAAACUGUCCGGCCUGUAAUUUCUUUGCCUUCUACUUCAGAAUCGGCAGCUGCCUCUGCUUUUUUAUCAUCAACCUUGUCUGCUAAAAGGUCUCCACAUAUAUCACCAAAUGGCGCCAGUGUUACUUCUUCACCACGUUCAUCACGAUCCCCUUCUCUGUCUCCUAAUCUAUCUUUGUCAACCGAGCACAGGAGUUUCUUUGUAGAUUAUCCUGACACCAUGGAACCAUUAAAUCUCUCAUCAGGGUCCAAAUCAAAGCUUUCCUGUCAUCCUCCCAAAGCUAAGAAGCCCAAAGGCCUAGAAAUCUGCUCUCCACCUCUUCUCCUAUCCAGUAAUGAUAUUGGCUCAAUUGCCCUCAACAGCCCAGCACUUCCUUCAGGAUCUUUGACACCAGCUUUUUUUACUGCUCAGACACCUAAUGGAUUAUUGCUAACCCCAAGUCCCCUGUUGUCCAGCAUCCACUUCUGGAGCAGCCUCAGCCCUGUAGCUCCAUUAAGUCCUGCCAGGCUGCAAGGACCAAACACUCUAUUUCAGUUUCCCAAUCUGCUGAACAGUCACUUGCCAUUACAACUUCAAGGUCUUGACAGAUCAUCAUCUCCAGUGCUGCUGUCUUCAAGCUCUCAAAAGUCCUGAUGUUAUCUCAAGGCACUAUGGACAUGCUUAAUUCAGUAAAUACUCCUGGAUGUUCCUCGGAAACAGCAGGCAGGCCUAAAAUGAGCCGGACUCUCAUCAACCAACAGGAUGCCUUUAUCUUCAUUUCAGGCUGCAGCAUUUUCUCCUGUGAUCCUGGAUUUUAGCAGUAUUAUAUACACCUCUAUUGUGGAUAGUAAAUGAACAGCACUGUACACUGGGUUAGCUUAGCACAUUUAUAAACUGUACCUGGUCUGGUUGCAGUUCAUACGAUUGUCAGACCAGUGUGUAUUUACUGGUAUAGAUCUGGUCCUGCAUAGAACAGUUUCCCAUGUACAUGUAAUGCUAUAUACAUCAUUAGCAAGUGCAGCAUUUUAUAGCUACCAUUGUUCCAAUGACCCAGACCUAAAACUAAAAGGUUUUCUAAAAAAGUUUUGUUUGCAUUAAACUGCUAGAAUAUUUACUAGUGGAAGAUAGUAUUUAUCAUAUACUACAGGUUUUUUAUUCCCAAAGUGUAAAGGACUAUUCAAUCCUCUUUUCAAAACUGAAGACAUACCUCUAAUUCCUUGGUCAAUUUUCUGAAAAUGACCAUAGCAUAGCACUGUGCAUGAUGCAAAAUGGGCAGCUAAAUCCCUGCACAGGACGCCAUUAACCCACUGUAUAUGAAUAUUGAUUACAAGAUGGAGCUUUCUACUUUGUCUCCACAGCAGCAGUCUACAUCGCCCAUAGAAUCACAUUACACAGGGCCUCACGCUGGAAACAACUGCUAUGGGGAUGGAGCUAGUAGCUCUGUCCAUAAUGAAAAGCAUUAUGUGGCAGGAGCAGAGAUAAUGGCGCCCAGUUCAGACAUUUAGGCGCAAAAUGUAAAUGCAUCCUAUCUAGACAAAUGACUAUGGUGGCACAGUGCUGCAAGACAGAUACUUGUCUAAAAGACACUAGAGGUAUUUUUUUUUAAGUCUAAUGCAUAACGCUUCAGAAAAGGAUGGAAAGCUCCUUGCCCCAAUACUAUAUUAUGCACUUGAGCUUGUAGAAACUAUAACCGGCUGUGCCUUCUUCUGCAUCAUUUUUUGUAAAAUGUUUUAUAUAUAUUUUUUUCCUGCAUUAGAGGAAAACUUUACGAAGAAAUACCUCUGAUAGAAUUUCUGUGCCCAUUUCCCCAAGUAUGUACUCAGCAAUGUUUAUAUGUAAUGCUUUUUUAAUGUACAUUGAAUUAUGGACUUGUACAUUGUUUCCAUUGUAAGGAAUAAAAAAAAUGUAAUAAAAAAAAAUGUGAAAAUGUAUGAUUCCCUAAAUUAACUCUUCCAUCUGACAUCCAGUAAAUGAUACAUUGUGUUGUGUGUAUGUGCGCUUAUAAAAACAAUCUAAUGUAAUACCAUUAGAACCAAAUCUUCCAGCAGAAGAAAUUUAGUGGGCAUCCACAAAUGAUUCCAAUGUAUACAUCACUUCCAUUCAAAUAAAUGAGCAACUAUGCAAUACCUAAACCCAAUUGACAGAAUUUCGCCUCUAUGACAUUCACAUGUCUUUGCAUGGUUUGGAAGAAUUAAUUUAACUACGAAUUGUGCUCCGUUUUGCCCUCGCAACCAGACAUCACAUUAAACAAAUAAAAACGAUGCUUCAGGCAAAAAGGAUACUGUCUUUAAGACAGUUCUCAUAUGAAAUUAAUGGAGAAGAUAAUUAAAAACAGUCUUUGCUGGCCAUAGCAACCAAUAACAACUCUGUAUUGGUAUUUUGGUCUUGAAAAGUUCAAGUGUUACCAUCAUUUAAAAACUGCUGCUCAGACAUGUCAAAAGUUUUAAUUGCACUGGGUCUCACUCCUGGGACCUGCUGGGUUUGAGACGUAUAAGUCCGUGUGCUCCACUCCCCUGCUGUCUGUAUAUCAUACCUGUUUGCUACAUCAAAUUAUCUAGUGAAAUGGUUGGUUUUGAUUGACAGCUGAGGAGUGAGCGGUAUGCUGCCGCAAACCUUCCCCGGCUUAUAAAUAGCAAUUGCAACGGGUCUCAAGAGAGACCCCGUGCGAUCAGAACAUUUUACGUGUCUGGGCAACAUGUCAAUUUUUUUAAGUGAUAGCAACCAAUCAGAGCUCAUCUUUAAAGGUUUACUUUAAAGAACAAACAGUUUUCUGUAAGUUCUUAUCUCCUCGAGGUAUUUCCGAUAUCUUAGUGGUUCUAUAACAAUGUCUGAACAUAGCCACAGUAGAAAAACAUCACAAUGUGAUGAUUUUUUUUUUUUUUUUUUUUAAGUCUCAUUAACACUGUGCAUUUAAGGUGGCCCUGUUAGCACAUCAUUACUGCUACGACCAGUACUCCUAAUAGCCAAAAUGGUGCAAAACCUGUGUUACUUGUAACUGCAUAGUUUUCUUCCUAACAUUUUAGUCUAUACUUUUCUUCUCUAUGUAAGGUGUACUGGUCUGUAUUCCUUUUAGCCACAACAGCACAAAGACAGUUUGAAGAGAACUUGUCAUGUAUUCAUGUAAAUCUCUGUUCACUCAGGGCUAAGUAGUCAUGUGGGCAUAUAGACUGAGAUGUCAAUCACCGAGUUGGACCGCCCACAUGACUAUUUACCCCAGAUUGAGCAGAGAUUUACAGUUAAUAUAUAACAUUAUGUCAGUUUGCCUGGCUCCUCCUGUUGAUGCCUGCAGAUUGGAAUGAAUUUUAAUGUCACGGGUUCUCUUUAAUGUCCAUGUGAACACGGCCUAAAAAUUCCAUUGGGAACAGUGAUUUUAAAGGCAUUUAUAAGGAAACUGUACACUUUCCUGCUCUAAAAUAACUGACUAGAAAGGGAAAAAUGAAUUGCCUUUUAUGGACCCCUUGACCCUCCUCUUCUAAUACACAACACUUUUGACUUACCACUGCAGUAGUACCAAGGAAUGCUUGUUAAAUCUGAGGUUAUCUACUAGACUAUUACAACGGAAGUCACUUUGCAAUUUUAAAUAUUAAGAACCAGUUUAUUUAUUUUUUUUUAAACCUGGACAACUUUAUAAAACACCGUAAAAAUCAGCACCAGGGGGUGGGGAAUAUAAACAAAAAAAAAAACAAAAACAAAAAGAAAUUGAACAUAUUCUUGUGUCAUACAAGAAAUUCAGAUGGAAGGAAAGUGCCUUACAACAGAGAAAUAUUUGUCCCCAUUCAAAACAAGACUAUUGUAAUCCACUGAAUAUUUAUACUUCAGAAAGUACAAUAUUAAUACAGGUUGUCAGUUUAAAAUAAACAGCAGUUUGUUAGCGCUAUGGAUUGCUUCCAGAAAUUAAACCCAUUUACAAUUUAUGAAAAGUAGUAGUCCAAUGUCCACAGCUAUUCAACAUUAACUUGCUGCUCUCUAACAAAAUCAGAAUAAAAAAAAAAUCCCAUAUUAUAUUGUUUAUAUUAACGAAACAACUCACGUGUUCCACAAUCACUAUUCACAAAUAAAAAAAAAUAAUAAUUAAAAAGGGGGAGAUCACAUAAUACUGUUAAAUUACCCAAAGGUCUCUUUAUCAUCCAGAACAGAAAUAGCAGAUGCUCUUCAAGGUGAAUGUGUAGAUUAAAGUACAGCCAUACAGUCCAUUCAGCAUACACCAGUUACUUUCUGAAGAUUUACAGUCUUGCUUUAUGUUAAAUGCAGUAAAGAGAAAAAAAAUUAUGUGUACAUAAUACAGGUAAGCACAAUGCUUCAGAUCAUGAACAGAAAUUAACCCCCUCUGUUACAGAUCCCAUCUUUAUGACCUUGUCUGGCAAAUGUGAAAAAUAAUAUAGAUUGACUUUAGAAGAUGGGGGAGGAACUUCAUGUUUGUACUUUUGAGAAUACUAGUUCAGAGAAAACAAUAUUGCCAAUGGUUGGCCAUUUUAUGUAUAUGCCUGUUCCAAGAAUCAGAUGUGAAUAAAGUCUUCAAGAUAGUGUAGAUUUUCUCAGUCACUAGGAGCGCUCUACAAUGCACUGGUGUCUCUUUAGAAUAGGCCCAGUUUUUAGAUGUCCUUAAAGGAGUAGUCCAGUGGUGAUUCAGUGGUGAGCAACUUAUCCCCUAUCCUAAGGAUAGGGGAUAAGUUGCAGAUCGC